AUGAGUGCAGAGGCAGGUCCGAGUCGGGUACCUGCCCGCAGGUCUGGCCGCAAUGCUUCCACCAAGAACACCAAUUUUGACUGGUCACGUCUCACCGACAUGGACGUGGAUGGAGACAACGAAGAGGCCGAAUUCGGUGCGCUAGCCUUAGGCACAUACGGUUACAGCGAUGAAGACUCUGAUUUCAGCCAGGAUAGCCAGGAUGAGUGGUAUGAUGACGUUGAUUCCGACUCCAGCAUCACAACUUCUGGCAAGGUGCCUUCGAAAAAGACAUCGAAGCCAGCCACUAGAGGAAUCCAGACAACCAAAAGUAAAGUCUCAAAAUCGAGUUCAAGUCGUCCAAAAAGUGAUGCCGCUACGAGUGACGACUCCAAUGAUGAGCUCGAUCUCGAAUAUGCAUAUUCCGGGGCAGGGGAUGGCAUGGGCUUCGACGGGCCAAAAUCUCAAUUGUUUGACGGCGCUAGCUCGACAAGGGCAAGCCAACAUGAAGACGAGCAGGACAACGCCGAUUCUGACUUCGAACCAAAAUCAUUCCAGCGCCUCGUCAGCUCGCUUCAAGACACGUCUCGUGAGGCAGGUGCACUGCGUCAGCGAUGGGACACCUCUAUAGAAGCUGAGAAUGCCGAAUUCGAAAACGAGCUUCGCGCGGCUGCUGGUUUCAAGCAGAAGCGUGGCACACGCAGAAAAGCCCGCGAACAGCCCCUUUCUCCAGAAGUGCAAGCAUUGCUAGCGGACGCCAAUCUUGCUUAUGUCGAGCAACGCCUGUACGAUGCCAUUCCCAAGCUCGAAGAGGUUAUCCGUAUCGAGCCCAACGUCAAAGCUGCGUGGAACACUCUGGGUCUCAUCUACGAAGAAGUAGGCGAAGAGGAAAAGAGCAUCCAGUGUCGUAUCAUCGGUGCCCAUCUGCAGUCAGGCGCAUCCGAAGAAUGGAAGUCGCUCGCGUAUCGCUCGAUUGCCCAAAUGUUGUACCGACAAGCCAUUUAUUGUUUCCAGCAAGCCAUCAGGAUUGACAAGACCGACAUCGACAGCAUCUGGGAUCGUGCCUUGCUCUUACGCGACUUGGGUGACUACAAAGCUGCAAUCAAUGGUAUGUUCGACAUCCUCAAGCUUCAGCCGUACGAUGCAUCUGUGGUCCGAGAGCUCAUUCCUAUCCUCGUCAGUACGAGGGACUACGAUCGCGGAAUCGAGAUUCUCGAGCGAUGGAGAAAGUCCAGCAUGGACGCAUUUCCCACGCCGAACAUUGACGGCUACUUGGAUCCGGCAGUAGAUGGGAUCGAGGGAGCUGAUGAAUCGCCUCAGGCCACGACCGCAGCUCCGGCUGUCAACAGGUUCAAGGUCUCUGAGCUGGUCACCCUCGCCGAUCUGUUGCUUUUGACACGCAAGCCUGUUGAAACCGUCGCCUUACUGCGACAGACAGCACGAUGGCUCGAUGGUCGAGCAAAGGAAGACUUUUGGGAUGCUGUCAACGAUGACCGUGAAUUCGACGGAGAUAUUGAUCCGCAAAUUCGCAAGCAGCGCGAUCAAGACAGAUAUGGCCGUCAAGUCGAGACUGCCGAACCUCAUAAGCUUGAUCCUGAAGUUCGUCUGCGCCUCGGCAAAGCACGAAUGAUGCUCGGAGAUGUGGCCGAGGCCAAACAGCACUUCGACAUUCUCACUGACGGCGAUCCGGGUGAUAUCCCCCAAAUCUUUGCUGAAGUGGGCGACUGCUACUACGAGCACAAGCUCUGGGCCGAGGCUCUCGAUAUUUUCACCGACCUUGCUAGCACCGAGUAUGCUACGGAUGACGUCUCACUCUAUGCUAAACUGGCUGCUUGCAAUCAUGCGCUAGGGGAGCUCGAAGAGGCUGCACGGCUCUACGAACCUGUUGUUGAAGCAGCUCCAGACACGCUAGAGUGGCAGAUGAGGCUUGCCGAAGUGUACGAAGGUUUGGGUGAGAAGGAGAAAUCUCUCGAGGUGCUUCAACAAGUUAUGCAGAUCCUGCUGACGCAGAGGGAGGCUGAUUCCCAGACUGGCAUAGAUCAAGGCUCGAGGGCGACAGCGUCUCCAGUAGGUGCCACUGCCGAUAAUCAGUUCUCGUUCUUCGACGAGAUGGGUACUUCCACAACGAAAAAGACGGCUCCCUCUGCCAAGCGGGCAAGAAUGAAUUACGAUCGUCAACAAAGACUCAAAUUGGAGGUACAGCGAGAGCAGGAGACCCAGCUAUCAUGGAGACGUCUUGAAUUGCUCGACCCACACGUCUUCAUCGAAGGCUUCUGGAGGCAUGAUGUAGCCGUUUGUAAGGAAGCCGAGGAAGCUUUCGGCGACUUUUAUCGUUCCACUGAAAGUAUCGAAGAGCGUGAAAAGCGGUAUCGACAAACAGCACAGUGGCUCGAGGAAGCAGGUGGUCUCAUCGACGCUUUUCGCCUCAAUCCUCGCCUUAACGGUCAUCAUCUCAAAAAGAAGCGUCCCGGUGGCAGUCGCACCUCUGCCGGUAAGCAACGUCGAGCGGAAGCUCCAUCUAAACCCAACACCCUCGCCAGUCUGCUCAAUCGACCCGGGGGUGGACGUCACGCCAUCUCCACUCAAGCGCGAAAUUUGCUCCACCGCCUGCAGGAUCAGCUGGUCGAAGAUGAUGCCAUAUCUGACCUAGCUGACGGCGUUGAGGGUGGAGAAAACGGCGACAGGGGCCGUCCACGCACCGAACCGGGCCCGCGUCAGCUCGACAUGUCCAAGUUCCAUGGCCUGCCCAUUGAGCACUGGAUUGCGCUUUUCGCAAAGUAUUGUUUCCUGCUGAUCAAAUCCAACGAACCCAUCUCGGUCGUCAAUUCUCUCCUGCAAUCUCUACAGACAUCGGCAGUAGUUUGGGGAAUGUUUGACCGGAUGCUGGUUGUUCAACUUUCGUGGCUCUCGUGCGCGUUGUACGCAAGGGACUGGCCAACAGUGUGGAGCGGCGUGCGAUGGCUCGCGCAGGAAAUGCAGUUUCACGACUUUCCGCUCAAGUUGGGUGCCAGUCUCACCAAUGCUACUGGGAUUCAUAGUCUGGGCAGCAUGAUCGGAAACAACGAUGUCAAGUUCUAUCAGAGGAGGAUGAGGCAGGCCGAGGCGGUGGCUCGCGGGGCACCAUGUAAGUUUUCGGCGGUGGGCAGGAGGUGGCAUGUGCCAAAAGAUGUGACCAGCUCGUUGGCGAGGCGAGCUGACGAAACCUGGGAUAGGCAUGCAGGAGAAGCAAACAGGCAUGUAGCUGAACAGGAGGACGAAGCAGAAGGUGUUGAAGCGAGCGACUCGGAAGGUGGAUCGUCAUUCGACGACCAGGACGAAAACGAAAAAUCUAGCAAUAUCGACAUCAAAGGCGAUCGACCGGAUGCAGCACUCGCCACCCGACUUGCACGUCCAACCAAACCCUCGCCUCUAGCAGAAAUGUUCUACGGCUACAUGCUACUCUACUCUGGCGGCUUCCAAUCUUCGUCAGCAUUCUUCAGUCGAGCUUACGUGAUCCAACCGACCGACCCUCUACUAUGCCUCGUCACGGCCGUCGCCAUGUUGAGCAGAAGCACAAACCGUCAAACCGACAACCGUCACCAUAUGAUCCUCACUGCCAUGACGUUUUUCCAGCAGUAUGUCAAGUUUCGAGCGGACAACGGAGCGCGCUCAGAGAAUCGGGCAGAGAUCGAGUACAAUCGGGGUAGAGCAAUGCAUCAUGUAGGUCUGGUGCAUUUGGCUGAGCAACAUUACAGGAAUGUUUUGGAGUACGACGGUCAACAAGAAGGCGGAUGGGGGAUGAAAAGGGAAGCUGCUUGGAAUUUGGCGUUAAUCUACACAACAAGUGGCAGCUCGAAUCUCGUAAAAGAGUUGUACGAGAAGUAUCUUUGCGUUUAG